CGGCCAUUCAUCCGACGGCCCGAGGCGAUGGGGUGAAAUCAAGUUUCAGGAGUCAUCUUCGACUCUACCAUGACAACCAAUUAGCUAGAAAAGUCAUCGUUCACUUACUAACGACGUCGGGUUGUCUGAAUUAUGAAUUAAAUGGUGCACAUUUCUCACAUCGUUGAUUAGCUCCAUAUUCCGGAAGGGCAAAAAACAAAAAAUCCCCACGAGACUAUUGUAGCUUUGAAGAAACGCUUCCGUCGGUCUCUUGUUCUUGGGAAGAGCUGACUCUAAAUGGCGGCGACGACGGCGGCAGAUACGACGCCGCUUUCAGCGGCGGAAAAUCAUUAUUUCAGUAACAAUCCUCCCCCAAAGGCACUACAGCAGCACUUGUCGCUGGCAAAAGCCUUCAUCGAGAGGCACUCAGAGAAUGGAAAGCGUGUCGUGCUCGUCACCUCCGGCGGGACCACCGUGCCCUUGGAGAACCAAACCGUCCGCUACAUAGACAACUUUUCCGCAGGCACCCGCGGCGCGUGUAGCGCCGAGUACUUUCUGGAGGCUGGAUACGCCGUGAUUUUCCUGCACAGGCAGUUUUCGUUGCUUCCGUACUCGCGCCACUACUCACAUAACACAAGAUCUUUCCUGGAUUACAUGGUCGAGGAUUCAGAAGGCCACAUUGUUGUUGGGGACGAACACCAGAGCCAAAUGGUUAGCGUUUUCAGGAAGUACAUGAAGGCAAAGAGGGAGAACACGCUACUGAUUCUGAGUUUCGUGACCAUCACAGAGUACCUGUGGGAGCUGAGGGAAGUAGCGAAGCUAAUGAAGCCGCUGGGAACACAUGCGCUUUUCUACCUUGCCGCCGCUGUGUCCGAUUUCUUCGUGCCGGCAGACAGGAUGGUCGAGCACAAAAUUCAGUCUUCGGAGGAGUUCAGUGCACACAAUGUGUCCAAGAUGAACGGAAGUGCCAAGGCGCCGGCUGCGCGGACAGAAGGGCGCUCUUUAAUCAUCGAUCUUGAGCCCGUGCCCAAGUUUCUCAAAGCGCUGGUGGAUGAGUGGGCACCUGAAGCCAUGAUCGUUAGCUUCAAGCUCGAGACGGACCCGGCCAUCUUGGUCGAUAAAGCCCAGUACGCUCUAAAGAAGUAUCAGCAUCACUUGGUGAUUGGGAACUUGCUCAAUACGCGAAAGUGGGAGGUUGUGUUUGUGUCGGUGGUGGAUGGUGUCAAAUGGAUCAAGGUACCACGAGGGAGGAGAACGCGAAGCCACUCCGGCAUCGAAUCAUUGGUGGGACGUGCAAGUGGUCAGGUAGACGAAGACUCGCCCGAGGCACAUGAGUUUACGGGUGAACCACCUGUGGAGAUUGAGAGCUUGAUUGUUCCCUCUAUCAAGGAACUACAUGACCAAAUCAUAGAAAAGAACAUGAAUGGCAGGACAUGAAUAGGCUCAAACUGUUGUCAAUCAGCUGUGGAUCGCAACGUAAAUUGAAAUGGAGUUAUUGCUAUUCUAG